UAGUGAAGCUAUCAGACCUGGAAAACAAGCCCAAGAAGUUUGUGUUUUACUGAAAAUAUAACAAAAGCUGCAAACCCAUGUGAGUCAGCCUGGAGCCAGCAGUCUGCCAGAAGUUAAGGACCGACUCUUUGACCUCCCUCCCCCUCUCCGUGCUCCUGUCCGAACGUGCGGGGCCUAUCUCCCCCCUGGUUGAUCAGCAUGACAAAGCACUGGCCGGAGCAGAUCCUCUUGCCAGCGCCAGCUCUGUCCCACCUUGGAGAACAUCACGACCAUCAACUUGACUUCCACAGAAAUGCGCAGCACAGUAUUCCUACCAGCGUCGUAGCGCGGAGCUCUCCAGCCCAACAUUGGCCUCAGCACCUGGCUCAGAUGGUUCCCCAGCAGUUGUCGCGCUUGAAGAAACCCACAGCGCGCAACGAACACCUCACUGCAUUCAUGGAUAAAGUCGUGCCACCGGACUCAUCAUACUCGAAUCCUCAAGAUGCCCACUGUAAACAGGAAACUAUUACCCGGGAUUCUUGGAACAGUGAAGAAGAGAAGAAGAGCAGCAGCAGCGGUGGGAAGAAAAAGAACUAUCAGCGGUAUCCAAAACCACCGUACUCGUACCUCGCUAUGAUUGCGAUGGUGAUCCAAAGAUCCCCAGAGAAGAAACUCACGUUAUCCGAGAUCCUCAAAGAGAUCAGUACUCUGUUCCCUUUCUUCAAAGGAAACUACAAGGGCUGGCGGGACUCUGUGCGGCACAACCUCUCCUCUUAUGACUGCUUUGUGAAGGUGCUGAAGGACCCGGGGAAGCCUCAGGGCAAAGGUAACUUCUGGGCCGUGGAGUUGAGCCGUGUUCCUCUAGAGCUCCUAAAGAGGCAAAACACGGCUGUGUCACGCCAGGAUGAGACAAUAUUCGCCCAGGAUCUGGCACCCUACAUCCUACAGGGACACAAGCCAGAAUCUGAGCCACCCCCUGCCCUAGUCACCCCCCUCCCUGACAACCCCUCCCCACCACAGGAGGACUUGUUCCGACCCAAGCUGGACUCAUCCUUCGCCAUCGACUCACUCUUACACAGCCUGCGGCCACCGAGUGCCCCUGGGGAUGUGGAGGUGUCCAGCAGGGACUGCUGGGGUAAGGUGGAGCGUCCUCGCGCCUCACCACCUUCACGACCUCGCUACGCCUCCUCUGCCCGUAGUGCCUCGGCCAGCUCUGCCAGUCCAGCCUCCACCUCCUCCUCUGAUGAGGAAUGGAAAGGGAUGCCUCUGUCUGGAAAGCGUGUUCCUCUUGAUGGUGAAGCUGGAUCAGACGGGUAUGAGGACUACAGACCCCCACUGCACAAAUCAGCCCGACGAGAGACUGUUGCACCUCCGUGGGAGCUCCCUACCUCCUAUGCCAAAUACGCUCCCCCCAAUGCUGUUGCCCCACCUAGCAUGCGGUUCAACGGAAGUCCCCUAAUGCCCCUACAUGGCGGACUUCCCCUUUACGGCUACAGCAGCUCUCCUGUGGCACCCGGUCACUUCUUGGGUCAUGCCUAUUGGCCCAUCCUCCCCAGCAGACGAGUUUCUGUCCAAGCCCCUCCCCACAUCAUGGACCUGGACAAUAUGUUGCAAUCUGUUCCUCCGAACAAGAGUGUGUUUGACGUUUUAGUACCAACCAAUCAGAACUCUCACCCACAUCAUCAACCACCCAGUCAGUACACCCUGCAAAAUGGGCCUCCACUCAACCGGUAUCCUCAGUACUGACUCUGAAAUACUGACUGAAACUGCCACACUGUCACUCAAAAAUGCACAAAUGCUUACCCACUAUGAUUCAGGAUGGGAGGUUUAAUCAAAAUCCACAAAGGGAAUUUGCACUUUCUGUGCAAAUUCUUCAAAUCCAGUCUCAAUCACUACCUCCAGGCCAUGACACUACAGAUGGGAAACUGAUGGAUUCAUGUUUUUAACAAGAUAUAGUGGAGUCAGCCUUUUUUUUUUUUUUUUUUUUAAGGUCAAGAUUUUCAACACCUUCUCGUUUCCUAUCAAAGUGCAUUACUCAGUUUCAUUGGAGCUAUACAACAAAACAAAUAUCUACCUCAAUGGCUUUUUAAUGAACUGAAGUCUUUGCACUGCCAAUCCAGUUUGCACUGUUUACUAUUGGCAUGAAUUUGCUUUCCUACAGAAAUUGCUUUUGCAUGUUGUCUACCUAUUGUGACUUCUGAAUGUAUUGCUGGAUUUAAUCUUGAAUUCUACAGUCAGUUUUUAAAUUUGAAAUAUCAAAUGCAAUAUCUUUCUUUACAGUUUACUCUGCCGGCAGAAUGUAGAAUUGUUAGGUAAAUAAGGAGCAUCAUUUCAGUGAAAACCUCUGUAUUUUGUCCUUUUUGUGUGUACAGAUGAAUGUAUGCCUCUAUUGUAUUAUUUGUGACUUUUAGUCCAUUUGUCCAGAUGAUAAAACAUACAGGUCCCAUCAUUUACCGUAAAGUUUUUUUGCUGUCUUAAAUGUUAAGUGUCUUUUUCAUUUUUAUGUGUCUUACUGUUUUUCACAUGACAAAACAAUCUAAGAAAAUGAGCUAAAUUUUGGAUACAAUUCUGUGAAAAUGCUGUAUGUUCUCAGGACACUGGGGACAAUCAGAGACUAUACCAUCACCAGUCUCUACCUCAGGUUUAAACGGGCUAAGAUGUUUACUGUGGACACUGCACUGCCAGUUAUUUGCACUAUUUUUGUGUCAUUAUGAUCAUCUUCCAAAGGAAAUUGCUUGUAAAUGUUUGCCUACCUCGACAGGUGAAUGUUUUUGUUUUUUUACGCCAUUUUGCCGUGGUCUUGUUAAGGUUUGUACAGAGCUGAGCUGAAGAAAACAGCUCAGCAGUUUAAAGUAUCAAAAGAAGGUUAUGGAGUUGAACAGGGUAUGUAAUAAAAUGAUGUUUAUUUUAAUAGUACUGCUCAGUGUUGUACAUGACAAUAAGUUAACUAAAUCUUUACUUUUUUGUGGUU